AUGCUUCGUCAGCUGUGCAUCCGACAGGCGCCGAAGGUGGAGUUCAUCUCCCCAACACCGUCCGCACCGAUCCAGAACUUUGACUUACAACCGAUAACCGCGUCUCUCUUGUACCGGAAACUGCUAAAGCUGUACUUGCGCAAAUUCGACACGGAUACAAACACAAUAAUUCGCGCAUGGAAACAGACCAAGUACGAGUUCUGGGUACACCGCAACGUGUCCAAGGAGGAGGCGGAUCUGCUAAAUAUAAAGGGCCAGCAAGUGCUGGAGGCGAUUCGCGCCGGCCUCGUGCCGGUGUACCAUAACUCAAAGACGAAUCAGACCUACUACAAGUACGACGCCGACACAAUGAACGCGGUACACAAUCAUGUAGACCCUGUGAGCGCCGAGGAAUUUCUUCGCCGCUUCCACGACCGAAUGGACUCAAGGGAUGUGGAAGAGAUCAAGGCCACGCUGAAGAGGCUCGGGCGUUGGACAGGGCCGGACGAACUCCGGAAGGAGGACCUCUUGCGCCUCAAAACCAAGCGCAAGGUAAAGUGCACUGACCCAGACGACUGA